CUCCUCCAUCCAGUAUGGCCAAUAACGUUCACAUGAGCGGGCUGCUCAGCCGCCACGACGAUGAAGCCACCAGGACCUCCACCUCCGAGGGCCUGGAGGAGGGCGAGGUGGAAGGGGAGACUCUCCUGAUCGUGGAGUCCGAGGACCAGGCCUCCGUGGAUUUAUCGCACGACCAGAGCGGCGACUCCCUGAACAGCGAUGAGGGUGAAGCCUCCUGGAUGGAGGAGAUGUCCUAUUACUGUGAGAAGUGCCAGAAGUGGAUCCCAGCAAGUCAACUGAGAGAACAGCUCAGCUACCUCAAAGGAGAUAACUUUUUCAGAUUUACUUGUUCUGAUUGCUCAGAAGACGGGAAGGAGCAAUUUGAACGUCUGAGAUUAACAUGGCAACAAGUUGUCAUGUUGGCAAUGUACAACUUGUCUCUGGAAGGAACGGGCCGUCAGGGGUACUUCAGAUGGAAAGAAGAUAUUUGUGCUUUUAUUGAGAAACACUGGACUUUCUUAUUAGGGAACAGGAAAAAGACCUCAACAUGGUGGAGCACCGUUGCUGGCUGUCUCUCUGUGGGGAGCCCUUUGUUUUUUCGCUCUGGGGCGCAGGAGUUUGGAGAACCAGGAUGGUGGAAGCUGGUUCAUAACAAACCCCCAACACUGAAGCCUGAAGGAGAGAAGCUGUCUACCUCUGCGCUAAAGGCAAAAGCAGCUUCCAAGCCCCCCCUGGAUCCCAUCAUCACRGUGGAAGGCCUUCGGAAGCGGGUGAGCCGCAAUCCGGUGGAGUCRGCCAUGGAGCUGAAGGAGAAGAGGUCCCGCACUCAGGAAGCCAAGGAGAUUCGCAGGGCCCAGAAGGAGGCGGCCGGMUUCCUGGACCGCAGCACUUCCUCCACUCCCGUCAAGUUCAGCAGCCGCUGCCGCCGGCCCGACAUCGUCCUGGAGAAAGGAGAGGUCAUCGACUUCUCCUCGCUGAGCUCGUCCGAUCGCACGCCGCUCACCAGCCCUUCUCCCUCCCCGUCCCUGGACUUCUCUGCCCCYGGCACUCCUGCCUCGCACUCGGCUACUCCCAGCCUGCUCUCAGAAGCAGAUCUCAUCCCGGAUGUCAUGCCACCACAGGCUCUGUUCCAUGAUGAUGAAGAGAUGGAAGGAGAUGGAGUCAUAGACCCAGGAAUAGAGUAUGUGCCCCCUCCCAGUGGGACAGCUGGUGCUGGCACCAUGAUAGCAAGCAGAAAGAAAGUGAAGACAGCUGAGCAGAUCAAGCAAGAGGUGGAGAGCGAAGAAGAAAAGAUAGAACGGAUGGAAGGUGACAGUGAAGAUCCUGAGGAGUCAAACAUACCCUUGCAGGUGAGAGGACGAGACAAGGGGAAGACACAGAUGGAGAAGGAUGCUAAACCCCGAGUUCCCAAGCACACCUCAGUGAGCAUCUACGAGGAGAAGCUGCUGCUGAAGAGACUGGAAGCCUGUCCCAAUGCUUUGAGCAUGACCCCAGAGGCCCGGAGGCUGAGGCGCAAGCUGCUGGUCAGGCAGGCCAAGAGGGAAAGAGGCCUCCCCCUGUUUGACUUGGACCAGGUUGUGAAUGCUGCACUGCUCCUGGUUGAUGGGAUUUAUGGAGCCAAAGAAGGUGGUGUCUCCAGGUCCCCAGUAGGGCAAGCAACAUACAGAACUACUAGCCAGGACUUCAGGAUCUUGGACAGAUACCAGACAAUGCUGCCCGCCACGAAGGGAUAUCGCCAGCAGACAACCAAGUUUCUGUAUCGCCUGGUAGGCUCAGAAGACCUGCUGACAGACCACAGUAUWGUCAGCCCUUACACCUCCCGUGUCCUUAAACCUUACAUCAGACGUGAUUAUGAGACAAAGCCCCCAAAACUCAGGCUGCUGGCAGAAAUCCGGGCAAAUCCACACARGAAUGAUCUCAACUGGAAGGCUGAGCCAGAAGCACCCAUUGAUUACUGCUACGUUCGCCCUAAUCACAUCCCCACCAUAAACUCCAUGUGCCACGAAUUCUUCUGGCCUGGAAUUGAUUUGUCAGAGUGCCUGCAGUACCCAGACUUCAGUGUUGUCGUCCUUUACAAGAAAGUGAUCAUUGCCUUUGGCUUUAUGGUGCCAGAUGUGAAGUACAACGAAGCUUACAUCUCCUUCCUGUUGGUGCAUCCUGAGUGGAGAAGAGCUGGGAUUGCAACCUUCAUGAUUUACCAUCUUAUCCAGACCUGCAUGGGCAAGGACGUCACCCUUCACGUCUCUGCAAGCAACCCUGCUAUGCUGCUCUACCAGAAGUUUGGAUUUAAGACUGAGGAGUACAUUUUGGAUUUUUAUGACAAGUAUUACCCCUUGGACAGCAAGGAGUGCAAGCACGCCUUCUUCCUCAGGCUGCGGCGCUGAGCUGCCCGAGGCAUCUGAGRAGCUGGGAAAAUCCCAAUCCAUCCAAAAAACUCCCCCAGCUUUUGGUGGAGGAUGUUGGCUGCCACAGGAGAGCUGGAACAUGCUGGUGUGUUUAUCCCUAGGACUUGGGAUUUCAGCUGUGCUGUGUUGUGUGUUGAAACUGUAAUCCAAGGGGAUUGAUUCCUACGCUCCAAGGGGAGAGGCUUGGAAAUGCCAGCUGGGAUACACUGAAACCACUGGAAAAGUGAAAUUCCUUAUGGGGAAUUUUACUGCCACUGUUACUUUGGAGAGCCUCAUUAGCAAACMAACAAAAAUACCAAACAAAAAAAUGUUUUUCACUUCAGAGGGUCCUYAUGGAUUUCAAGUUUUGAAACUUGWCUGAAAAAYGUU